AUGCUGCUGAUGAUGAAGUCUCGGGGGACGCGGCCGCUGGAAGCGCGGCUGGGAGAGGCGUUGCCGCCACGGGAGAUCCUCGUGCGGAGGCGACCCGAGAUCCCCGCCUCCAUCAUUCCCGGCGCCCCGCCGUGGACGGCGACGACCGAGUCGGCGGGUGCCGCCCCGCCGCUCCCUUACCCGGAGUCCAACUCGAACACUCAGGGCGACGUCGCCAAGGAGAAGAAGUCCACGUCCAACCCCGACCUCACGUCCGAGACCAUGACCCUGCUCAACCUCCUCAAGACCGACUUCUCCAGCCUUCGCAUCAAGCGCGGGGAGUUGAGGGACGCAGGGCACGGGGCCCAGGCCGGGCUCUCCCCGGGUCUCGAGGGCCGAUCAGGGGGGUCGAGGUCGGGCCCCCCUUGCGGCGGCGGCGUCGUGAGCGAAGGGGCCCCGCGCACCCCGCGGAGACACCGGCUCAAGGACCUGACGGCCGCGCUGCGGAGAAGUCAGUCCUUCACCGUGGGCCGUGCGGCGGGGCCCGGGGACGAUGCCCCCCCCCACCAUCACCACCAUCACCACCUCCUCGCGGCGCACUCCUUCCGCCGGGCGGCGAGGGCAGCGGGCGACGGGGUCGACCAGCAGGAAGGGGCAUUCCCCGGGGGCUGUGCUGACGCGCCCAUUCCCCGCGACCGGGAACGCAACGCGGUGGGCGCCGUCAUCCAGAGCGGUGGCGGUGGUGGUGGCGGUGGUGCCACCUCGCCCGCGCUGGACGAGGGCGCGUGCACGCGACCAGCGCCAGGAGGAGCAGGAGGAGGAGGCCGCCUCUCCGAGUCGUGCGACGGGCCCGCCGAGUCGCACGCUCGCGCGUCCGCCUUCAAGCUCGUGCGGAGAGCGGGGACAGCGGCGGCCGAGGCGGCGGCGGCGGCGGCGGCGGCGCCCGCUUCCCGGGACGGGGCCGAAGGCGGCCAAGGGAGCGGCCGGGCGAGGAGGAGAGGGGCGGCCAAGGGGCAGCCUCUCCCCGACGCGGCGGCCACAGCGGCGACAGCGACGAACGGUCGCGGAGCGGACGAUGGAGACCGCGACCGCGCGCGCUUCCACAGUGACCCCGCGCUUCUCCGCCGGUUGAGUUCGGUCACCGAGGAGGCAGAGUUCGCCCAGCUCCAGCUCCAGCUGCAGCAGCAGCAAGGGCAGCAUCAGGGACGGGGCAGUCUCCCUGGGUCCAUGUCGGAAUCCCCCGUGCCCCGCGCGCUCAGCGAGUGCAGCUUCAGCACCAACAGCGACGCCUCCUCCAUAUGCAGCGAGGUGGGGCCCACCCCUCGCGGGCCCAGCCCCGAGGAGCGAGCAGCCAGCGAGCCGGGGCCGCAGCCGCACCACCAACAGCGUCCUCGCGCUGGGACCGCGGGGCCCGAGGAUGGCACCAGGGCGCCAAAGAAGAAAUCUCUGAGCGACCCGAGCCCCUACGCGAGUUGGAGCAGAGCGGCGGCGGUGGUGGAGGAGGAGGAGGUGGGAGUGGUGGUGGCGGCCUCUCGAGCGCUCUUCAGCAGCGAGGAGAACAACGAGGUGAACGAGUUGGAGAUGAGACGCAUCCGUUCCGCGCGCGGUCCCAGUCCUGAGACGGUGCCACCUCGCGCCGCACGCCGGGCCCAGGCGCCGCUGUCCCCGGGGGAGCUCCUCUGCGCGCCCCCCACCACCCCGCACCUCGCCAGGGGCUUUGGCAGGAAGGCCAGGGAUCAGGGCAAGGCGAGCGAGGGUUCCGCGGUGGCCGCGUCCGUCGGGGUCGGCGUGGGAGUCGGGGUGCCUCUCGGACAAUGCAAGGCGGUCUCCAGGUCGCCCUUCAGGCCGGCGGCGCGCGCCCCAAGCGAAGCCGCGGCGGCGGCCUCCUCCGCGGCUCUCACGCCGAGCGCCAAGGCCCUUCACGAGGCCAAGUCGGCGUCGUUGCCCGGGAGGAACAAACCGAGCGUGGAGGCGCGCAGAGCGCACGGGUUCCUGUCGCAGGUCCCAUCUCUGGAGGAUGUGCGCAAGCAAUUUCGUCUCAAAGUCGGGCGCGGCAGCAGCAGCAACACCACCACCACCAGUAGCAGCACCAGCAGCACCAGCAGCGCCACCACCACCGGCAGCAGCAGCCAAGCAGCAACCGCUCUCACCACCUUGGUGCCCGAGGCGCACAUCGCUGGGCCCUCCGCGCCGCACGGGGCACCCCCCAGGACCGUGAGGUCCCUGCCCGUGGCGUUGCCCGAGCCGCGCCGGGUGGAGGCGGCGGGGGACGCGUGCGCCAGUCCCGGGCGCGAGCACGUGGUAUACGAGGACAUGCGCAAGCACGUGAUUCUCAACCUGCUGGACACGGAGCGAUCCUACGUGGAGUCCCUCCAGCAGCUCGUGGAGGGCUACAUGCGACCGCUGAAGCAGGCGGAGAACGCGGGGCUGUGCGACCCUGCGCUGGUGGACGACAUGUUCUACCAGGUGCCCGAGAUCCUGGGCCACCACGAGCGCUUCCUGGCGCGCGUCACCGCCUGCGUCGAGUCGUGGCACGAGCGCCAGACCGUGGGGGACCUCCUCGUCGAGUCGUUCUCCAAGGAGCUGCUGGCCGACUCCUACUCGGCCUACAUCGACAACUUCCCGCACGCCCAGGAGGCCGUGAAGGUGGCCAACAAGGCUAGGGCCUCGUUCAGUCGCUUCCUCGAGCAAUGCAUGCGGGAGAACCGGGAGAAGCAAGCCCUGGCUGACCUCAUGAUCAAACCGGUGCAGAGGAUCCCACGAUACGAGCUCCUCAUCAAGGACCUGCUUAAGCACACCCCGGAGGAGCACCCUGACCGGCCGUGCCUCGUGGAGGCCCAGAGAGGCCUCCACGCCCUGGCCAGCCGCAUCAACCAGGGCCGCCGCGAGGCCGAGGAGGCCACGCGUCACGCGUGCGCCCUGCAGCGGGUCGAGGCGGCCAUCGAGGGCCUCAGUGAGUUGGCUGUUCCGGGGAGGAGGUUCAUCCGACAGGAGCUCGUGGUGGAGGUGAAGGCCGUGGGGGGCAAGAAGGAGCGAUGCCUCUUUCUCUUCUCCGACCUCCUGCUCUGCACGACACUCAAGCGCAAGUCGGGCUCGCUGCGUCGCAGCUCCUUCAGCCUGACAACUGCUGGCAGCUACAUUGACCUGAGCAGUAAGUACAAGCUGCUGUGGCGCUCUCCACUCCACGAACUGGAGGUGGUGAAAGGCUCGUGCGAGCUGCUGGUGCCGGCGGCGAGGGAGGCGCUGCAGAGGAGCGUCACGGGGCUGGAGGAGGACACGGCGCGGCUCGCAGACAUCCGCGGCCUCGUCGACUCGCUCACCGUGCCUCACCAGGCCCUGGACGACGCCCUGCGGGACCUGCUGCUGUCUGUGCAGCGCGACCUCUCCGAGCGGCACGCCGCCGCCACCGCGGGGCCCCCCGUGCCCCCCCCGGCCCGGCUGGAGCUGCUCCUCUUGACCCCUGGAGCCCCCCAGUCGGCAGCGGGAGGGGCGGGGGGGGCGGGGGGGGCCGGGGCGUCGGGGGGGGCGGCUCCCCGCCACUCGCUGGUGUUCGAGUUUGGGAGCCCCGAGGGCCGUGCCGCGUUCCAGCAGACGCUGGAGGGGGCCUGCUCCCGCAUCGCGGAGACUCAGCCCCAGAGAGAACCCGAGUUCCUGAAGGCCAUCUCCAUCAUGAAGACACGCAGCGGCAUGCAGUUCUCGUGCGCCUCCCCGAGCGUGUGCGUGCCGCUGGGCGGCUGCGAGGUGUGGGUGUGCAACAGCGACGGCUACGUGGGCCAGGUGUGCCUGCUGAGCCUCACCCCGGAGCCCAUCGUCGAGGCCUGCAUCGCCGUGUGCUCCGCACGCAUCCUCUGCAUCGCGCCCGUGCCUGCACUGCAGAAGCCCCCCACCGGCGUUGAUAGUGGGGGGUCACGGGAGGGAGUGCCGCUCCCCGACUCCCCGCUGCGCCGUCUGCCGACAAUCGCCUCCGAGGAGGACCUCGUCUCUCACCGGCACCGCAACGAGCACCGCGACGAGGAGAGCAGCUCCGCUCUCCACAUCUGCAUCGGCGACGCGGCGCCGGCUGAGCCGUUGCCCAUUGCGGUGCGGCGCGAGCGCCACGCGAGCGCGCCGGGCGCCGGCAGGGCGCGCCACCGACGACUCGCCGGCCGCGGCGGCGCCAGCGGCGGCGUCGCCUGCAACCCCUUCGAGAGCGAGGACUCGGGAGAAGAGGAGGAGGAGGAGGAAGAGGAGGACGAGGAUGAAGAAGAGGAGCUGGAGGAGCUGGAGGAGGACGAGGCCGGGUCCUGGGGUCCGCACAUCGAGCCGUCGCUCGCGGCACUGAGGGUAGAGGAGCUGAGUGGGGGGGGGCACGUGACCCCCGAGGAGAGCAGCAGCUCGGACGACGACGAGGAGGAGGAAGAGGAGGAGGAGGAGGGGGGGGCAGGGAACCCCUUCCCCCCCACGCCGCCCCCCAACCCCUUCACGGCCGACCCGCCGGGCAGCGCCAGGAGCCCCCCGCUGGGGGGCUUCACGCGACCCAGCCCUGACGAGGCAUCGUGCCCGAAGCCCGAACCGUUCCAGGGCUCCGUGUGGCUGGGCACGGAGGACGGCUGCAUCCACAUCUACCAGUCGUCCGACACGAUCCGCCACCGCAAGAAGAGCCUCAAGCUGCAACACUCGGCCGCGGUCACCUGCAUCGUGUUCCUGGAGAACAAGGUGUUUGUGUCUCUGGCCAACGGGGACCUUGUGGUUUACCACCGCGACGAAGGCUGCUUCUGGGCCGUGGGGGAGGCGCGCGUGCUGCCCCUGUCCACGGCGGCUGCCCCCGUGUGCCGCAUGCUGGCCGUGAGCGGCCGCCUGUGGUGCGGCUGCCAGAGCAGCAUCGUGGUGCUGCACCCCGACUCCCUCCUCGUCGAGGCGAGCUUCGUGGUGGACGGGGAGGGGGGCCGCGGCGUGGCGUGCAUGGCCAGUGAGGGCUCCGGGGUGUGGGUGGCUCUCACCGCCAGCACCCAGGUGCGACUCUACCACCCCGCCACCUACGAGUGUCUCGCCGAGGUGGACGUCACCGCGGCCGUCUCCAGGAUGCUGGCCGGCUGCGACGCCAUCAUCCGGCAGCACAAGUCGGCGUGCCUGCGCGUCACCUCGCUCACCCCGGGCGCCGAGCUGCUGUGGGUGGGCACCAGCGCGGGGGUCCUCGUCACCCUGCCGCACCACCGCCUCGCCCGCCCCGCCCCCCGGCGGCACGACCGCAGCCCCCCGCCCCGCCGCCCCCACCCCGGCGGCGGCGGCGCGGGGGGGCCCCCCCAGAGCGCCGAAUGGGGGGCCGACGCCCAGCAGCCGGACCCCGAGUGGGGGCAGCACGACUCUGCGGGGAGCCCUGGGCCGGGGGCCCCGUCGCCGCCGCCGCAGCGCUGGCCCGCCGCGGCCCCCGUGGGUUGCCUGCACGGCCAUACGGGCCACGUGAGGUUCAUCACCAGCGUGCGGCUGCCCGAGGGCUGCGUCUGGGCCCAGCAAGGAGGCCCCGUGGGGGCCCCCGACCAAACCCCAAAGGCGCCGCGUCGCGACUCGGGGAAGCGGUUGCGCUCGAGCGGCUUGCCGGGGGUCCUGGGGGGCGCGGGGCCCGCGGGGGGCCACGCGGGGGGCCCCGGGGCACUGCUGGUCAUCAGCGGCGGGGACGGCUACGAGGAGUUCACAGGGUCACCGAGCCCCGGCGGAGACGAUGCCGCGGGGAGGGACGACAGCACCAACCACCUGCUGCUGUGGAGGGUCUGAGCCAGGCCCUGGGUCGACACCGGGUGGGCCCCUGGGACACGUGGCCUCCAGUGUGCAGGGUGGGCCCUUGGACGUGUGGUGGGUCCUGCGCACGUGGCCGCCACACUGAGUGGGCCCAUGGGACACGUGGUGGUGGCGCCCCUGGGACACGUGGCCUCAGCACAGGGUGGGUGCUCGGACAAGAAAUCUCCAUGCAAGUGGCGGGCCUUAGGCAAGUGGCCUUUGCAUUGAGUGAGCCUCGAGCAUACAGGGUGGGCCCUCGGACACGUGUUUACUGAACAGGGUGGGGUGCUUUGUACGCAGUAGGUCCUGGGUACGCGUCCUCGUACUGAGUUUGCUCCUGGGGUGGGUGGCCUUCGUACAGGGUGGGCCCCUGCCACGUGGCUUCCACUACACAUCGUGGGCCCCCGGGCUCGGUGUGGUCCACACAGGGUGGACCCUGAGCACGUGGUGGGGCCUCCAGGCCACAGGGUGGGCUCCUGGGCCAUUUGACAGGCCCUGGACAUGUGGCCUCCAUGCAGGGAGGGCUGCUUGGGUGAGUAGCGUCUACACAGUGUGGCUCGUGGACAUGUGGUGGGGCCCCUUAAUGUGGCCUCCACUGCACAGGUGGGCCCCUGAACGCGUGGUCUAACGCAGGGUGGGCCCCCGGGUGGGUUUGGAUCACAGGCAAGUGACUCCAGAUUGCAGGAAACAUCCCACGUGGUCCGCUGAUUUGGCGAACCUGAUGGCGAUGCUCCUUGUGUGCCUGAUGCCGGUGUUUGACCCAGGUGAGAGGCCAGUGAGGUCUGCCAUCUGUCUAUUGUCAGGGAGACCUGGGAGCCAUAGGGAACACCCACCCACAGGCUCAGCGGCUCUCUGGGUCUGCUGCCUUCCUACCCCUCCACUCACUGCUGUCCCUCACUGCUGUCCACUGCUUCCUGGGCCCUGCCCCUCGGUCUCCACUGGGGUCCACCUGCAUUUCCGCUGUAGACCAAACCCGUAUUUAGUUCUCAGUCGGCACUUGGUCCGUUAAAGUUCUGCACAAUUAGCACCGCACCUUGGGACAAAUAAAUUCCUGCCACCCGAAAACCGAGGCCGGUUCCCAGAUAGGCGGCCACCCCAGUCUCUAUCCUCCCCGAGGUUUCCACGCUCAUCACCGUUCGUCUUCGGUUGUGGUUUUCCAUUCUUCUUGCGACGAUAUAUCCUGCCCGCCCCCCCCAAGCCGUCCGAGUCGACACGAUGGGUACCGCUCUGGGCUAGACGAAGCCGCGGGUCACCGUCAUCGCCGUCAGCCACGGUCAAUCCACUGCUGGAUGAAGGCCUCUGCACGCCGCCGUCACGCCUCUCACGGCCCCACGUCGUGAACGUGCUGCGUGACGAUGCCAAAUCUGAGGGCGCCUUGAAGCAGCGGCUUCCACCCCGAGCGAGGUUCACGUUUGGCGUCUAGAGGCAUCGCUUCUCUUCGUCUAAAUUUAGGGCGGAGGGGAAGAGGUCACCCCCUAAAGAUAGACGCGGGGCUGUUUGGAGUGAGAAGUGUCCGGUCGCAGCCACAGCUACGCAAGAUGGCGGCCGGUGAUGCCACCGCAGCUCGCCAGGGCUUCACGGCCUCCGCAGGUAGAGCCGCCACACUGUCCCCUGCAGACUCAACCCUGACGGAUUGCUCAGCCGCCUCGCGGUUGCGAGACGGUGCGGUGUACGGACGGUUCAGUUCAAUGCAGUGACACCGGAACCGGAUUUUGGUACAAACCGAUCCCCACUGCCUUGCGAGCACGGACUCCGAGUCCCGGAUGGGUGUGUGACCCGAGCCUCCUCCAGAAGAUCUCCGCAGCUCCUGCUGCUCCUGCUGCUGCUGCUGUCACACAGUAGACACGCGACCCCUAGGGUCUGCCCUGUCAGUGUCCCUCCAUCUUCCCUGAGGACUUCCCCUCGGUAGGAGAAGUCCAUAUAUCCUGGUGGAUGACUCCACGGUUGAAAAACAACGGAGCGAGGAUACAGCUGCGAGUUUAGAGGGUUUGGAGAAGCCAUCCGAUGGAGUCCAUUUGUGCCUCCCGCGAAAGUGCGCGGUGUUGGGCAACGAUCGGUGACAUCAGUGAUGGAUUGUGUUCCACCACAGUCAUGCUGAAACGCACAUCGACUCACAUAGAGAUCCAUAGACUUGCAUAGAGACCCAUAGGCUUACAUAGAGACCCAUAGACUUACAUAGAGACCCAUAGACUCGCACGGAGACCCAUAGACUCGAGACCCUGUGGGUGGGAGACUCCUUGUAGUUUGGGCCCCCGUGGGCUGGGUGACACGUGUCGAAUGGAGGAGGGCCCCUCGGGACGAGAGAUCCCGUGCGCUGAAAGGGGUAGGAGGAGGAGUGUAGGGGCGGGGGGUACCUUGCGCUGAAGGAUGAAGGGUCCCCCGUUGGCUCGAGGCGGACCCCGUGCGUGGGGUCACGUCUCCCCCUUGGAGAGAUGGAGGGAGAGUGGGGGGGGGGUGUGAUGGGCCGCGGUGUGGUAACACCACCGCUGCUGCUGCUGCUGUAUUGUCAAUAGAGGACACAUUGCGCCACCCGCAGAGGCUUUGCACAACGCGCCCGCGCUCAGGAGCGCCCAGGGUCUCGGUUGGACACCGCGACGGGGUCCGAGGCGAGCAGAGGCGCGGGCUUGGAGAGAGGGAGGGGGGUGUGGGGCAAAGGAUGGGCGGUGGGGGCGAGGUGACGUGGGGUGAUGUGGGUCGUGCUGCGGUGAUGUUAUCGGCUGUGAUGUUGACAGCCCUUUGGGACGGGUUGGGAGUGCGUGAUGGUCACGUGGUUCGUUUGUUGUGAUCGCGCCGUUGGCGUGAUUGGCGCUGUCAUCGUUCAACUGCGAGCGCGAUCGGCCCCUCCCCUCAUCCCUCACAUCCAUAACAGCCCCCCCGCCCCGCCCCCCCCACCUCGGUUCACCCCCCACGGUCUCCACGAUCAUCAUCCCCCUCUUCUCAUGGUCAUCAUCAACAGCUUCACCAUCAACAACUUCAUCAACAAUGUCAUCAUCAACAAUAAUUUCAUCAGUCGCAGCGUCAUUACCAAUAUCACGAUCAGCGAAAGCGCCAUCAUCGUGAACGUAAUCGUCUUUAUCAUUAUCAGUGUCAGCAUCAUCAUCGUCAUCAACAGCACCAUCAUCUUCAACGUCAAUAAUCACGGUCAUCAUCAGCAGUAUGAACAUCGUCAUCAUCAGCAUAGACGUCAUCCUCAUCAGAUCUUCCUUUUUAGAGACGCCCUGGGCAGAGGCUCGUGGUUGUCCCUGAGUUCUCGAACCCCGACCACCAUCUCCAUCACUACCACCAUCACUACCACCAUCACUCUCACUACCACCACUACUACCAUCACUAGCACCAUCACUACCACCAUCACUACCACCAUAAAUACCACCACCUCCAUCACUACCACCAUCACUACCACUAUCACUACCACCAUCACUCUCACUACCACCAUCACUACCACCAUCACUAUCACUACCACCAUCACUACCACCAUAAAUACCACCACCUCCAUCACUACCGCCAUCACUACCACUAUCUCCACAACUACCACCGUCUCCAUCACUACCGCCAUCACUACCACAACCCUUGACACUUUCCUAAUUUUUGCCACCAACAAAUCGUCACCAGCACCGCAGCCAUGGUCACAGUUAUCGUCACCACCGCCUGCACCGCAACUAUAAUGGCAACCGUCAUCAUCGACACGUCAUCACCACCACCACCAACCACCAUCAUCACCAUUAUCCCCCAUCACCACCAUCCACCAUCAUCACCAUCAUCCCCCAUCACCACCAUCCACCAUCAUCACUAUCAUCCCCCAUCACCACCAACCACCACCAUCACCCCCCACCACCACCAACCACCAUCAUCACCAUUACCCCCCAUCACCACCAACCACCAUCAUCACCAUUACCCACCAUCACCACCAACCACCAUCAUCACCAUCAUCCCCCAUCACCUCUGACAACGGCUGCACCAUCGCCACGUCGCCUGCAGCUUUGUGUAAAUACGCGCCUGUACAUUUUGUACA